UGGACACACAAGCAGGAAUAUCUCAGAAGGACAUCUAAUGUUAUCCCCGGAUUGUGAAAUAAGAGAUAAUGACAGUAUACAGGAUUCUCCUGGAGAUAAUCCCAUUACCCCAAUUGUACAUCCAGCUCUAUCAGCUGAUCCCCCUGAUCCUGGGAAAUGUUCUCCUGAUCACUCUGAUAUUGGUGCAUCUGUUACAGCUCUGACAGUAGAUACAGUGUUUCCGUGUUCUAUAGAUGCCAAAUGUUUUACACAGAACACAAAGCUUAUUACCCAUCAGCCAGCUAAGGCAGGUGAGAGGCCAUUUCCAUGUUCUGAGUGUGGGAAAUGUUUUACACAAAAUUCACAACUUGUUACACAUCAGCAAAGUCACACAGGUGAGAAGCCAUUUCCAUGUUCUGAGUGUGGGAAAUGUUUUGUAUCGAAAUCACAUCUUGUUAUACAUAACAGAAGUCACACAGGUGAGAAGCCAUUUUCUUGCUCUGAGUGUGGGAAAUGUUUUACAUGGAAAUCACAACUUGUUACACAUCAGAAAAGUCACACAGGUGAGAAGGCAUUUCCAUGUUCUGAGUGUGGGAAAUGUUUUACACACAAAUCAGAUCUUGUUAUACAUCACAGAAGUCACACAGGUGAAAAGCUGUUCUCUUGCUCUGAGUGCGGGAAAUGUUUUCCACGGAAAUCACAUCUUGUUAGACAUCGCAGAAGUCACACAGGUGAGAAGCCAUUUUCUUGCUCUGAGUGCGGGAAAUGUUUUUCACGGAAAUCACAUCUUGUUAGACAUCAGAAAAGCCACACAGGUGAGAAGCCAUUUCCGUGUUCUGAGUGUGGGAAAUAUUUUUCACGGAAAUCACAUCUUGUUAGACAUCACAGAAGUCACACAGGUGAGAAACCAUUUUCUUGCUGUGAGUGUGGGAAAUGUUUUACACGGAAAUCAGACCUUGUUAUACAUCACAGAAGUCACACAGGCGAGAAGCCAUUUCCAUGUUCUGAGUGUGGGAAAUGUUUUGCACAGAAAUUAGAUCUUGUUAUACAUCACAGAAGUCACACAGGUGAGAAGCCAUUUCCAUGUUCUGAGUGUGGGAAAUGUUUUACACACAAAUCAGAUCUUGAUGUACAUCACAGAAGUCACACAGGUGAGAAGCCAUUUCCAUGUUCUGAGUGUGGGAAAUGUUUUGCACAGAAAUCAGAUCUUGUUAUACAUCACAUAAGUCACACAGGUGAGAAGCCAUUUUCUUGCUCUGAGUGUGGGAAAUGUUUUACAAAGAAAUCAUAUCUUCUUACACAUCAGAGAAGUCACACAGGUGAGAAGCCAUUUUCUUGCUGUGAGUGUGGGAAAUGUUUUACACGGAAAUCCCAACUUGUUACACAUCAGCAAAGUCACACAGGUGAGAAGCCAUUUCCAUGUUCUGAGUGUGGGAAAUGUUUUGCACAGAAAUCAGAUCUUGUUAUACAUCACAGAAGUCACACAGGUGAGAAGCCAUUUUCUUGCUCUGAGUGCGGGAAAUGUUUUACAAAUAAAUCACAUCUUGUUAGACAUCAGCGAACUCACACAGGUGAGAGGCCACUGAUAUGUUCAGAGUGUGGGAAAUGUUUUACAUACAAAUCACAUCUUGUUAUACAUCAGAGAAGUCACACAGGUGAGAGGCCACUGACAUGUUCUGAGUGUGGGAAAUGUUUUGCACGGAAAUCACAUCUUGUUAUGCAUCAGAGAAGUCACACAGGUGAGAAGCCGUUUCCAUGUUCUGAGUGUGGGAAAUGUUUUACAUGCAAAUCAGAUCUUGUUAAACAUCAGCAAAGUCACACAGGUGAGAAGCCGUUUCCAUGUUCUGAGUGUGGGAAAUGUUUUGCACACAAACUAUAUCUUGUUAGACAUCAGAGGAGACACACAGGUGUGAAGCCAUUUUCUUGCUCUGAGUGUGGGAAAUGUUUUACACAGAAAUCACAACUUGUUACACAUCAGCAAAUUCACACAGGUGAGAAUCUGUUUUCUUGCUCUGAGUGUACGAAAUAUUUUACACGGAAAUCAGAUCUUAUUACACAUCAGCGAAGUCACACUGGUGAGCAGCCAUUUCCAUGUUCUGAGUGUGGGAAAUGUUUUGCAGACAAAUCAAAUCUUACUAAACAUGAAAGAAGUCACACAGGUGAGAAGACAUUUUCAUGCUCCGAGUGUGGGAAAUGUUUUACAUGGAAAUCACAACUUGUUACACAUCAGCAAAGUCACACAGGUGAGAAGCCAUUUCCAUGUUCUGAGUGUGGGAAAUGUUUUGCACACAAACCAGAUCUUGUUAGACAUCAGAGAAAUCACACAGGUGAGAAGCAAUUUUCUUGCUCUGAGUGUGGGAAAUGUUGUUUAAGUAAAUCACAUCUUGUUACACAUCAGAGAAGUCACACAGGUGUGAAGCCAUUUUCUUGCUCUGAGUGUGGGAAAUGUUUUACACAGAAAUCACAACUUUUUACACAUCAGCGAAGUCACACAGGUGUGAAGCCAUUUUCUUGCUGUGAGUGUGGGAAAUGUUUUACACGGAAAUCAAAUCUGGUUAGACAUAACAGAAGUCACACAGGUGAGAAGCCAUUUUCUUGCUCUGAGUGUGGGAAAUGUUUUACACAGAAAUCACAUCUUGUUAUACAUCAGAGGAGUCACACAGGUGAGAAUCUGUUUUCUUGCUCUGAGUGUACGAAAUGUUUUACACGGAAAUCAGAUCUUAUUACACAUCAGCGAAGUCACACUGGUGAGAAGCCAUUUCCAUGUUCUGAGUGUGGGAAAUGUUUUGCAGACAAAUCAAAUCUUACUAAACAUGAAAGAAGUCACACAGGUGAGAAGACAUUUUCAUGCUCCGAGUGUGGGAAAUGUUUUACACGGAAAUCACAUCUUGUUUCCCAUCAGCAAAGUCACACAGGUGAGAAGCCAUUUCCAUGUUCUGAGUGUGGGAAAUGUUUUGCACACAAACCAGAUCUUGUUAGACAUCAGCAAUGUCACACAGGUGAGAAGCAAUUUUCUUGCUCUGAGUGUGGGAAAUGUUGUUUAAGUAAAUCAGAUCUUGUUAGACAUCAGAGAAGUCACACAGGUGAGAAGCCAUUUUCUUGCUCUGAGUGUGGGAAAUGUUUUGCAUGGAAAUCAGAUCUUGUUAAACAUCAGAGAGGUCACACAGGUGAGAGGCCAUUUCCAUGUUCUGAGUGUGGGAAAUGUUUUGCACGGAAAUCAGUUCUUGUUAUACAUCAGAGAAGUCACACAGGUGAGAAGCCAUUUCCAUGUUUUGAGUGUGGGAAAUGUUUUGCACGGAAAUCAGUUCUUGUUAUACAUCAGAGAAGUCACACAAGUGAGAAGCCAUUUCCAUGUUCUGAGUGCGGGAAAUGUUUUGCACACAAAUCAGAUCUGGUUAGACAUAACAGAAGUCACACAGGUGUGAAUACAUUUUCUUGCUCUGAGUGCGGGAAAUGUUUUGCACACAAAUCAGAUCUGGUUAGACAUAACAGAAGUCACACAGGUGAGAAGCCAUUUUCUUGCUCUGAGUGUGGGAAAUGUUUUGCAUGGAAAUCAGAUCUUGUUAAACAUCAGAGAAGUCACACAGGUGAGAAUCAAUUUUCUUGCUCUGAGUGUGGGAAAUGUUGUUUAAGUAAAUCAGAUCUUGUUAGACAUCAGAGAAGUCAUACAGGUGAGAGGCCAUUUCCAUGUUCUGAGUGUGGGAAAUGUUUUGCACGGAAAUCAGUUCUUGUUAUACAUCAGAGAAGUCACAAAGGUGAGAAGCCAUUUCCAUGUUUUGAGUGUGGGAAAUGUUUUGCACACAAAUCAGAUCUGGUUAGACAUAACAAGUCACACAGGUGUGAAGCCAUUUUCUUGCUCUGAGUGCGGGAAAUGUUUUACACAGAAAUCACAUCUUGUUACACAUCAGCGAAGUCACACAGGCAUUUCCAUACUCUGAGAAAUAAGCUUUUGUUGCACACAAUAGACCACGCAGGUGAGAAACCAUUUUGAUCUUCUUGAGUAUACUUAUCAUUGCCAUGUAAUGUUCCUCAAGAUUCUGUCCUAUCUCUUAUGCUUUUUGCAAUAUACAUACAACAGGUCCUUCUGAUAGAAGCUCACCAACAAAGGGCAGGGCUACAGCUCAGCUUUGCAAACCAAACAGACUUAAGCUUGGGGGUUCAGAGUAACAAAAUGCUGAUCAUGUGCGGAAUCUUGGGGGUAAAUUUACUAAGAUGUGAGUUCUAUUUAAGAUGGGAUGUUGCCAAUAGCAACCAAUCAGAUUUCAGGUAUUAUCUUCUAUAAGGUGCUAGAUAAAUGAGAAGUAGAAUCUGAUUGGUUGCCAUGGGCAACAUCCCAUCUUAAAUAGAACUCCCAUCUUAGUAAAUUUCCCCCUUGGUGUCCUGGAUGGUGGAGUGAUACUUGGGGGGUAUUCAACUGUUUGAAAAGUCAGGUGUUUGUUUUUUCCUAUCUACUAGACCGGAAAAAACACCCCCAACCAACUUUUCAAACAGUUGACUUCCACGCUUAGACAUCAAAUAUCAGCCACAAUCAGAUCCUCAUCUGAGGAACAUAGCCAGACUCCAGCACUUAUUUCCCUCAGAAGAUCUACCUACAGUCAUACAUGUAUUUUUUAUCUUCACACAUAGACUACUGCAAUGUCCUCUACCUGGGUCUCCCAGCAAAAGAAUUGCACCGCUUGUAGCUUGUACAGAAUGCAGCAGCCAGGCUGUUACCUAACCAGCCCGUUCCUGCCACAUAACACCCAUUCUCUGCUCCCUUCACCGGCUGCCUGUAAGAUGGUGACUCUAUUACAUAAUCUUACUGACUCUCCCAGCCCUACAUGACCAGGGUCCAAGGUACCAGAAGCAGCGCCCUGUUCGGUUCCAUCUGCAGAUGAAGGACUGUAACUAGCAGUAUCAAUUCCCCAAGCAGUGCUGAGAUGUCGGGUAGGCGGCACCUUUGCAUUAGUGGGGGCUGCUGGAGCAGUGUCUACAUAGGUAAUAUUGUCUCCAAGCAGCGCUGAGGUGUCAGGGGAGACAGGGCGGAUGGCUGCAGUGCGGUACCAGGGGCUGCUGGAGGCAGUGUCUAUGUGGGUAAUCAUGUCCCAAAAAAGAGCUAAGGUGUCAGGGAGACAGCGGGUGGCAGUAGUGGAAGGAGACAGGGUGGUGGCAGUAGAGGGGUAGACAGGGCAAGUGACCGUAGUGGGGGGAUACAGGGCGGUGGCAGUAGUGUGAGAAGAUGGGGUAGUGGGAGGAGACAGGGCAGGUGGUAGUAGUGGGGGAGACGGCAAGUGGUAGUAGUGGGGGGGAGACAGGGCGGAUGGCCGCAGUGCAGUACCAGGGGCUGCUGGAGGCAGUAAAGAGGUGUAUGGGUCUCGCACAGAAUCAGUUGAUAAUUAGACUUAAUGAUGAUUAUGCUUCCUUAUUUCUAAUUAAUCCCUUGUAUGUGUUACUGUUAUUUGCUGUGUCAGCCUUUAUGUGUGUUCUGUGUAAUAAUCCUGAAAGUAGUGCUGCUACCGAUCUCAUAUCAUUUGUAGUAACUUGGAAAAGAUGAGAUAUGAGGUGCACUCUGGAAGCUUAUAGGGGGUUAAUCAGAGAUGAACGCAGAUGUGACAUCAUGCAGCCCCUGAAAAAUGGUCCUAGCCCACCCGCGUUAACCCCUCAGGGAUGUGACCGCAAUGUGUGCAUGUAUAUAUUACCACCACCAGCAAACUGUUGCGAGACGCUAUUGCGGCUGGUUCUGAAUGACCCCCAUAGGCUGUUGUGCAGAGUAAAGUAUUUUUUAAGUUUAAAAUAUAGAGAAAAAUCUGUGUAUUAAAAAUAUGAAAUAAAGUUGUUUAAAAACAAAA